GUAUAUGAUACCACGUUUGGCUGCCAACAGCGCACAGUCGUAAAUGAGCGUUCGUGGAGUUCGCCUCGUUGAGAAAUUCAAUUCGCGUUCGCACGCGUUGCCAAGUUGCACGUUUUCGCAACGCGUUGGAAAGUGUUCUUUGAAAAUCAAUAUUGAAAAAAAUAUAGAAAAUAUAGAAAACUAAACUUUGGUGAAGCCCAGUGAAGCAUGUCCAGUGCCCAAGUGUCGCAACAGCCGCCGCCUCCGCCGCUUUCAACCAGCAACAACAGCUCGAUGCCGUCGCAAUUGCUGCUGAGCCACAUUCAGCACCACAGCAGCAGUCUGCACCACCCGCGCAGAGCCACGCCACCUGCCCAGGACUACGACCAGGGCAGCAACCACUCAACGCUAUCGCCCCGAUCUCAGAUCAGUCCCAGUCCGCCGGCAGCCAGUCCCACGCAUUCGGUGGCCACCACUGGAUCCCCUCUGAGCGCCUACGCACCCGGCUUGAGUCCCGUGGCCGGUGGCCUCCAGGAUAGCAGCCAAACGGAUAGCAGUCAGAGCAGCCAGAUGCCCCUGCUAGUGGCUCCGAUGCCAGUGGGCGCUGGUCCGCCGCCUCCGCAUCCGCGUUUGUAUGUCGAGGGUUUCCCGCCACCGCAUCACGUGCCGCAUCCCCAUCCCGCCCUGGGUGGAUAUCCCCUGCCGCGGUUGCCCCUCAUGAUGCCGGGUGGGGCACCUGCACCCGCUCCACCAGCAGCACCACAUGGAGCCGCUGGCGCACCGCCCGUAUCGCCACAACCCGCUGGAAACCACCUGAACCACAGUGGAGCAAAUGCUGCGACAACGCUUCUGCCACCCGCCCAAAGUCAACCGAAGAAGUCCUUCUGCAUCGACGCCUUGCUGGCCAAGAGCCAGCACCAGUCGGGUGAGCCGCAGCCCAUAAUCGUGGACGAUCGCCUGGCCGCCCUGCAUUAUGCCCGCGAUCAGGCGGAACUCAACCACGCCUUCGUCACCGCCUCCAAUGCUGCGGCGGCUGCUCAGGCGGCCGCCUCCGCCGCCGGCGGGAUCAGCGAUCAGGAGGCUCUGCAGCGCAUCCGGGAGUCCAGGGAGUACGACUCACCCAGUCCCGACGGCAUGUCAAGAUCUGAGUCGCCCAGUUCGUCACAUCGCUCCAGUCCGCCCAUCAGUCCUGGCUGUGAGGAUCAGCAGCCCCACGGAGGAAUGCAUCCCCAGCACUUGUCCAUGCGCAUGUCCGACUUUCACGAUGAGUUCAAGAAGCCCAUUCCCCCACACAGUCCCAUCAGACCCCAGGAUUUCCCGCUCUACGCAGGCGGACAUCCCUACCAGCUGCUGGCGCAGGGUGGAUCCGCCUUCCACAGACCUCUGGAUCCCUCCGGAAAACCCAUACCGAUCCCCAUGGGUCACAAUUUCAUGCCCUCACAGCUGCAAUUCGAGUUCCUGGCCCGCGCAGGAAUGUUGCAUCACAGGAUUCCCGAACUGGCCGCCUAUCCGCAUCAUGCGAUUCUGGGCAAGACCAGGAGACCCCGCACCGCCUUCACAUCGCAACAACUGCUGGAGCUGGAGAAGCAGUUCAAGCAGAACAAGUAUCUGAGUCGGCCGAAGCGCUUUGAGGUGGCCAGCGGACUGAUGUUGUCCGAGACGCAGGUGAAGAUCUGGUUCCAGAACCGUCGGAUGAAGUGGAAGCGGUCCAAGAAGGCGCAGCAGGAGGCAAAGGAGCGGGCCAAGGCCAAUCAGCAGCAACAACAGCAGCAAACGCCCAGUGCCGCCAGUUAGGAGGAGUUUUAAGGAGGAUCAAGGAGGAGCAUCUGGAGGAGUCUCCAAUCUAGUCAUGCCGCGAUCAAACCGCCGUCCCACCAUCAAAACGAGACACCCUGUUUUCUUGCCCCCAAUUUCAUUUGCGCAACCGGUUGAAAUCUUUUUGGGUUUUUUCGCCUCAACUUCGGUUUAUUAUUUGUAUUUUGUGCCACAACAACUGGACACUGUGUGAUAUAUGUAAACAAGAAAUAUAAAUUAAAUUCAUUAGCCCCUCACUCUAGCCCCUAUUUGUACAUAAACAUAAAUCUGAAUAGGAACACGCAAAUAAAUAACUAAACAAACAUAAAUCUUAACUAAAUGAAUAGUUUGUAAGUAAACAAAUUACAUUAAAUGCGAUUAGUUUAGUUGGUAAUUUGAAAUCUUCUUGUGUAAUUUGUGUAAAUAAUUGUAAUUAUGUAAUUGUAGUAUUUAACAUUAACAAAACCAACAAAAGCCAUUGAGAAUAACAAAAGCAGCUAAACAAUGUAAAAUAUCGCAUUGCGAUUAAAUUAGUUAAUUGUAUGGAUUUUAUUUUCGAAAUCAAAAUGGAAAAAAUAAAUCAUGAAAAAAGAAC